AUGCAUUCAAAACCAAGGUUUUUAUUGGUUUCCCAGGUUUUCGUGAAUAAAUGUGACAAAUGGCUGCCAUAUAGAACUUACGUAAAAGGUUUAGCAUGUAACGCACACCAUAAAAUUAAGCCAAUUCACAUUUUUCUAACAGGAAGUGCAGGUUGUGGAAAGUCCCAUUUAAUAACAACAAUUUCUGACAUGCUAAAUAAAGCACUUUCCUAUCGUGCAGGAAACUUAGAAAAGGAUAAAAUUCUCAUUUUAGCACCAACCGGUGUUGCUGCCAUUAAUAUAGAGGGAAAUACAAUACAUUCAGCCUUAGGUAUACCAGCGGAUAGAAGUUUCACUAAAAACAUAUCUAAGUUAAGUGAUAAAAAGAAAUGUAUGCUGCGAAACAAGCUUUCAGAACUAAGAGUUAUUGUAAUAGAUGAAAUCUCAAUGGUUUCAAACAAGCUACUUUUACAUAUUCAUCAACGGCUAACCGAAAUAUUUGGAUGCGCAGAUGACAUUCCAUUUGCAGGAAUAUCUGUUAUAGCUUGUGGCGAUUUCUACCAACUUCCACCAAUUCAAGCAAGGCCAGUUUACGCAGAGUACAAAAAUUCAUUGUUAAAUCUUUCACAUUGCUGGAAGCAUUUUAAGAUUGCUGAACUAACGGAAGUUAUGAGACAGCGUGGUGAUCAACAUUUCAUUGAAUUAUUAAACAAUAUCAGAGUGGAAAAAUUAGAAACGCGACACAAAGAUUUACUAAAAUCUAAAUUUAUUUCACCAAAUGAUCCACAUUACCCCAAAAAUGCAACUUAUAUAUUUGCUGAAAAUCAAUCUGCCUCUGAGCGUAACAAAAAAAUGCUUAAUAGCAUAACAUCGGACGAAAUAAAUAUCGAAGUUAUUGACAAAAUUCCAGAAAAUAUACCCGUGCAAUUAGUCCAAAAUCUUAAUACUCGCACUCAAAUGGAAACAGGUGGACUUGCGCGAAACCUUCUGUUAAAACUUCAUGCAAAAGUCAUGUUGACGUCACAUAUUGAUGUACCUGAUAAACUCAUUAACGGACAGAUAGGUACUGUUCAUCGGUUGAAAACCGAUACAAGAAUAUAUAUGAAAAUGGAAGACAUAUAUACUGGACUUAAAGCUAUGAGAACAGAUCCAUAUGCUAUUCAAGAAAAUGUUGUUCCAAUUAAUAGAGGAGAGAAAGAAAUCAAAUUUAACAAACACAAUCCAUCUUCACCUUCUAUGAAACGGCUGCAAUUCCUACUAAUGCUGUCAUGGGCCUGCACUGUUCAUAAGGUUCAAAGAAAAACGAUUGAUAAAAUUGUUGUCUGUCUUGAUUUAUUAAAACAACGAGCCUUUCACUCAGGACAAAACUAUGUUGCAUUAAGUCGAGUCACAAGUUUAGACAGUUUAUACCUAACGGGUACAUUUGCUAAGUCAACUAUUAAGUCAGACACACGAGCAACAGAUCAAUAA